AAAGUGGUAAUAUGAGCUUUAAACAGAAAUAAGACAUUAACUGCACUGCACCCACUGAGUAUUAGUGUAUCAAUGGAGAAAAUCAAAUUCAAGAACUCUACCACCUUUUACUUUCCCAAGUUUUAUACUAGACUUUUUAGAAAAGGAACGAAGUGCACUGCAGCAGCUCUUGCAUGAAGUUCUUGAGAAACCAACCUUAGACAGGUAAAAGAAGAGAUGGUUCGAUUUGCUACGCGUUUGAGUGCACCGUAUCCAAGUGUGAAGACACUAGUUUGGUCAUUGUUGAUAUUUGUAUCGGGCAUGCUAUUUGGAUUAAUAGCAACGACUUCAUUACACAAACUUGAUCUGUUUGAUCUAUUUGGUUUUGGUGCAAAUGUGGAGGGACGUAUUGCUGAUGAAAAUCUUUUUCGGAGUGCUUCAAUGGUGCUGAAGAAACAUGAAUAUCCAUAUACCGUUGUUCCCAAAGUUGCCUUCCUUUUUUUGACGCGUGGUCCGUUACCACUGAUACCACUGUGGGAAAGAUUUUUUCAUGGCCAUGAAGAUUUUUUCUCAGUGUAUGUUCACACAGUACCAGGUUACAAGCUUAACGUUUCGAAAUCUUCUCCAUUUUAUGACAGAGAAAUUCCUAGUCAGGAUACUGAAUGGGGAAGCAUUACCUUAACAGAUGCAGAAAAGCGGCUUUUAGCCAACGCCCUCCUCGAUUUUUCAAAUGAGCGAUUCGUCCUUCUCUCUGAGUCUUGCAUUCCCUUGCAUGAUUUCUCCACUAUAUACAAGUACCUCACAGAAUCUGCGCACAGCUUCGUCGACUCAUAUGAUAAUCCUGGUAUUACAGCGCGUGGUCGUUACAGUCGUAGAUUGAUACCAUACAUCAUGCUGUCUGAUUGGCGGAAGGGAGCACAAUGGUUCGAAAUGAACCGAAUUCUAGCUUCGCAGAUCAUCUCUGAGACCAAAUACUACCCACAAUUUAAGAAAUACUGCAGGCAACAUUGCUACCCGGACGAACAUUACAUGCCGACUUACGUUUCUAUGUUCUUUCCCACCUUAAAUGCAAACCGCACUUUAACAUGGGUUGACUGGUCAAGGGGUGGAGGACAUCCGUCAACUUAUGGUGGUGCUGAUAUUACAGAAAGAUUUCUUCAAUCUAUAAGGAACAGGUGGAAGUGCCAGUAUAAUUACGGGGAAACAUCUACUUGUUACUUGUUUGCGAGAAAGUUCUCUCAUUCUGCCUUGGAGCCCCUGUUAUCACUAGCUUCAACAGUGAUGAAAUAUUGAGACAAAUGUGGCAAAUCAUGUGCUAUUGUUGUCUUGAAAGAAUUUGUAGACAGUAGAUACAUCUUCAGCUUGGACUAGUGGAACCGUGAAUAUCUACCAUUUAACUGCUUAAUAGGAGAUGUUGAAAUGAUCAUUACGUUCACUA